AACAAGAUGGCGGGGCCCAUUCCCCCUUCUCGGGUCUUGUCGCUAUGGGGGCGGCCAUGGGAGUCUGCGUGAGGUAGUGCUGGUGGCGGCCGUUGGUGACGGAGAGGAAUGAUGAUCCUCUCCUCUUCCUUCCCCGCUCUACCGGCUUCCCGGUGACGCUGGGUAGGCGAAGGAUGGAGACGGUGGCAGGAUGGACUGCCGGUAGGAGCAGCGCCGGCAGCAGCGGCGGCGGCGGCGGCCCCUCGAGCGAUGCACGGGGGGCGCCGACUUCGGAGCGGGAGCGGCGCGUGAGCGUCUUGAGUUCUUCGCUGAGGAGCCGCCUCGGGCCUUACGAGCCGGCGCUGAGCUCUCUGCAGGCCGCGCUCGUCUGGGAGAAGCCGGCGAAGAGCGCUCUGGGCUGGGCCGGAGCCCACGCGGCCUUUGGGUUUUUUGCACUGACGUCUCUCCAUCUGGUAUUCUUGGUUGCUUUUGCCCUGAUAUUAAUAGUGUGUUUAGAUCAGUGGAAGAAUAAAAUCUGGCCUGAAAUAAGAGUGGCAAGACCUGAUGAACUGGACAGUGAGAGCUGGGGUUAUGUCCACCCACGACUGCUGAGUGUGCCUGAACUAUGUCACUAUUUAGCAGAAGGAUGGGUCACAGGCGACAGCUUCAUGAGGAACCUGUUGGGCUUCAAAAGGCAAAAUCCGGGCAAGUUCUGCAUUCUGGCUUGUGGUGUCCUCACAUUUUUAGCUGUCUUGGGCCAGUAUGUUCCGGGUGUCUUUCUUGCCUAUCUAACAAUGCUUUCUGUUCUGCUGUGGCCACUAGCUGUGUACCACCGCCUGGGUCAGCGUCUGUACACCAAACUGGAGCCAGCUCUGCAGCGGUUGGACUUCAGUGUUCAUGGCUACAUGAUGUCGAAGCAUAAGGAAAGGCAGUUGCGCCAUCAGAUGCUGAGCCAGCAUCCUGCUGCUGAUGGGAGUGACAGUGAAGAGGAGCUUGCUGCUUUCUGUCCCAAGUUGGAUGACGCAGUGGUUGCCAAAGAGCUGGCUAUCUCAGAUUCUGAGCACUCUGAUGCAGAAGUGUCCUAUACCGAGAAUGGGACAUUCAAUCUGUCAAGAGGCCAAACCCCGUUGACGGAGGGAUCAGAAGGUGAGGGCAGGAGUGGCUACUUGGACCUCGAUGGCCACAGUGAUCCUGAGGAAUCCUUUGCCCGGGAUCUCCCAGAUUUCCCUUCUAUCAACCCUGAGGUUAUGGGCAUAGAUGAUGAGGAUGACACCAGCAUAGGGAUUCCAAGCCUAGCCUACCGUGCACAGGGCCAGGAAGACCUUCAGCUCUCUCACAGCCGGGAAGUCAGCUCUGAGCUCUUGUCAGGACAACUGCCAUCCACUCACAACCUCACAGAUGACCUAGCCAGCUUUGUGACCAGAGGAAUGAUCCAGCUGGCCUUGUCAGGGGCCUCCCAGUCGGGCUCCAUACAUGGCAUCCGACAGCAACAAAGUGCCCGGGCUUUCCUUCGGACCUCCAGCUCGGAGCUGGACACAGAUGCUGAAGGGGAUGAUUUUGAACUGUUGGAUCAGUCAGAGCUGAAUCAGAUGGACCCUUCCGUUUCCCGUGGCCAAUAAACAAUUGUCUUCCUUUCCUUUUUGUGGCUCUUCUGUCUCAUGGAGCAGAGAUAGAAAAGCCCUGUGAAGAAAUAGGAUAGAAUCAUAUUCUUGAGUGUGUGGCUUUGCUAGGUGAACUUGGAGGGCAGUCUGAGUUUUGAAAUAAGCUUCUCCCAGGGCAGAAUCAGAAGAGAUUGGCUGACAAACCUGCUGGGCCCUGCAUCUUUUUAGCUUGCUGUACGUUGCACUCCUUGUUCAGAGCCCAAAAUCUCUUGCUGCUGUGGCUGUCAAUUAGUAAAUAGGCCCAAAAGAGAUAUCUUGGCUCCUUUUCAGUGCAACAGAAAUCAGAUAGCGCUAUUUGUCUUGUAUGUUAAGAGCAAAUCCUAAAUUCCUUGAGUAACAGAGGUCCCUGUUGAUCAGCAGCACCCUGCUGCUGAUUUAGGAUUUCGGUCCCCGGAUGCAAUCAAAUGUACCCCUGCUGUCUGGGUGUGUAUUGGCCCUUGACGCUCCAGAGGUAUUGGAAACUAUGUCUCUAUCUCCAGUAAAUGUUUGUACUUCAUGGCCCCAGAUUCAUACCUUCUGAAACCCUGGAGUUAUAAUUAGGCUCUUCUCACACAAUGUCAUGGCAAUAGCAUUUUCGUGAGUUAGAAUCUGCCCCUCCUCCAGUAUACACACACCACUAUUAACUCUUUGAAAGAAGAUAGUGCUGGAAUAACAUUCUCUAUCCCAUUUCGAUGAAGAUUCAAGUAAAAGCAGCAUGAAAUAAUUUGGCAGAGUGGGAGAUCAGUUAAGCCCUUGGUCUCUCUCUAGCAAUCACCAAAGUCUACACCUGUAUGGAAGUUAUGAACACGAUUCUUCACAAAACAAUGUUUGGUCUCCAAGUUGGAGAAGGGGAUCUUUUUGGGAUUCAUAAUUAGCACAUGGCAACGGGCUUGUGAGUCUGUCCUGUCAAUUACUCAUGAUUUGCCAGUAAUCUCUUGAGUCCAUGGCAGUUGAGUGCAUUCAGGUGAACCCUUUCUUUGAUGAACUCUGUACAGAUACGGUAGAAAAGUUAAAACUAGUCAGGAUCACAGAUGAAAUAUAUGUACAGAGUUUUGCAAGUGGGUCAUAAAAAUAGGGUUCCGUGAUUAAGAAUAUUCUCUCAGAAGAAAGCCCCUGGAAAUACAAAGUGGGAGUGACGCUGCAUCUUUCCUGGGUAUGUGUGUAAUCUUUGUAUAGCCGCCAUGUUUUAACUGUUUAGAGAUAUUUUGAGGACUGAAAUAACUUGGUGACAUAUUUGAGGAUACCUAUUAUAUCUUGGUUGCACUGUCUACAUUGCUGAGAAUAUGGUGCCAUGUUCCUCAAGAACAAAACAUUUGCACAUGGUAUCAAUGUUCUGACACUGGGCCUGUGGCCCACAAGACUGCUCUGAUACCUGUUUCUUUCUCCUUUUUUGAGUAAAACCAGCAUGUGGGUGUUUCCUGUGCUAUGAUCUUAACCAACAUGUCAGACCUGCAAAGAACAGAGGCCUUCACAGGAAAAUACACUGUGAGGAGUUAUGUCCUUCAGCUAGUGAAAUUAUUAUCCUGGUGCUCCAUUUUGUCUUGUAAAGGAUUCCAUAUACAAACUUUUUAGGUUUGUAUGCAAAACUAUUGGAAGAUUGGACCAUAGAAGUAAUUCUGUUAGUGCAAAGCCAUCUUGGUGAUCGACUGUGGACAUGAGAGAGACUUGUGUGAAUGCUGUGAUUUUACAUUUUAAGCUUUUUCUUUAGAUUGUCUCCAGCCUCCUAUAAUGUGUGAAUCUGCUGAACUGAACCAUUUUGAUCACUGGCAUAUCCAAAAGAGCUUUGCUCUGGGUUCCUGUAUUUCUAACACAAUGUUCGCUAUUAGUAGUUAAAAGCUUACAAACUUUUCUGGCUUAGUAUUUGAAGACCUUUGAGAUACACUGCCUAUUGUUUUCUUGGCCAAGCAGUAAUGUGAUGAUGUAGAUGCUAUAUGCCCAAUAGCACAUUCUUGCAGAAGAAACUCAAGAGAGUGGUGCUUUUGUAAAUUUGAAACAACUUGGGUUUGGUAGCAUUUUUGUGGCAAUAUCAUGGUGUUUAACUGCCUUUUUUAGUGUUUACAAUCAGCCAACAUUGUGGAAGUUUAUAGAGUAAUUUGUCACCUUGCAAAGAUUUUUAAAAUAAGAUGCUGAUCACCUUUGAGGUGGGAAAUUGAUUUUAUUUCAUCAGGUUAUGUGUUAUGUGGAUUAGAGCAAAUGUUUAGUGCAAUAAGACAACCAUACAUUGUCCACUGUACAUCAAUAGAGAGGCAAUACUUUGGGGUUUUUUUGUUCUUGUCAGGUGUAUUUUUCAGCCCUAACUGACGCAAAAUAAAUACAUUGAGGCAAA